GACCCAUACAUUUUGUCAUUUGACAAAGUUAAUGUGUAAAAGCUUGUAGGUUAUAGCCCAAGGUUGGCAUCAGUCAGUUUCAUAUGGCAAGACUUGUACAGUGGUAUAGGCAGCUAAGAGGGCUAGAAGAUGAGAGUAUGGAAAUACACCAGCUGAGAGCUCCAACUAAGAAUGGUAGCAGUGGCAACAGUGUUGACAGCUAUGGAAGUAUAAGGAGUAACAAUAAUGAAGAAACACCUCUAAUGGACAGCAAAUACGGUAGCACGGAGGCUACAAGCCAACAAAGUGAAGUCACCAUUAUUAGCAAUGGAUCCACUGCUAACUUGAUUCAAGAUGCACAAAAAGAAGAUACCGAUAGAUCAAAAUCAUGGCAACCAUCCAAAGCAACCAGAGAGAAGUUAAAGCAAAUCAAAGUUGCUCUGCUCUUUAUAGCGACAAUCAUGUGUUCUGUCUGGGUUGGCAUAUCUGAAGAACAUGAAGAGGAGCUACAUCAGUUUUCAGUAUCGGCUUACCAGCCAUUAAGUUUGGACAUAACUCCAGGUGCAGGGCAGAGCGUAGUGAAAGUGAUGAUCAGUGGACCCUUUGUUAAAGCCCUGGAUGACCAUGGAGACUAUGAGAACAAUAUGACACUGACGGUGGCUAACUCUGCUGCAUUUGACAAUGGAACUCAGAAACCAGCAGUCAAACUGCAAUCCUCGGCUAUCCAGCAGGAGACUUUGAUACUUUCUAAAGAAAAUGCUUCCUAUGAAACUGAAGAAUAUACGUAUUUGUUUGACUUCACAGGCCCUGAUGAGCAGGGGCCAUUCAAAUUAAGGCUGAACACUACCACUGCCUAUGGGGUCCCUGUGUCUCUGUCCUAUCUAACACUUCCAGCAGAUAGCCACAAUGCUGUGGUAUAUGCAGCCAUUGUUCUACUUGGUGUUUAUGUCCUCAUUGUGUUUGAGUUGGUUCACAGGACCUUGGCCGCCAUGAUGGGAUCAAUGGCCGCCCUGGCUGUGUUGUCUGCGAUGAAUGAGAGACCAACAAUGUCUACCGUAAUCUCAUGGCUUGACACAGAAACAUUGUCACUGCUGUUUGGAAUGAUGGUAAUGGUGGCCAUUUUCAGUGAUACUGGGUUCUUUGACUAUUGUGCAUUAUUGGCCUACAAGUUAGCCAAGGGCCAAGUGUGGCCACUGAUGACCAUCCUGUGCUUCUUUGGAGCUGUUGUGUCAGCCUUCUUAGACAAUGUGACUACCAUAUUACUUAUGACACCGGUCACUAUAAGGUUAUGUGAAGUCCUCAACCUGGAGCCUAAACAUUUGCUCAUUGCUAUUGUGUUGUUCUCUAAUGUCGGAGGCACAGCUACUGCAAUCGGUGACCCACCCAAUGUGAUCAUAGUCUCUAACUCUUAUCUUAAGGAGAAGAAUAUUACAUUUGCCAACUUCACAGGGCACAUGAUACUGGGUAUUCUGUUUGUGUUAAUUGGUGCCUAUGGCCUCCUUAGAGUUCAGUACAGAAAUCUUGCCAACCUCAAAAACAAAUUCCCCCCAGAAAUCGCAGAAUUGAAGCAUGAGAUUAAAGUAUGGCGUCGCAGUGCAAAAAGGAUAGCGUCUGUCACCAGAGAGGAAAGCGUGGUGAAAGCCUUGCUCAUGCAGAAAGUUGUCACAUUGGAGAAUCUGGUGAAGAAAAAGCUUUAUAAAACCAAGCGGAGUGUUGAAAAAGACUUUAAAGAAAGUGUUUCUGAGCUGGAGAAAAAGUACCGUAUCACUGACCACUGGCUAUUGCUGAAGUCCAGUAUAGUGCUGCUGGUUGUUAUACUGGCCUUCUUCCUCCACUCUUUUGUUACACAGAUGCAUUUGGACCUAGGGUGGAUUGCAAUAAUUGGUGCUAUAUGGUUACUAGUGCUGGCCGACAUUGAAGACUUAGAGAGCGUUUUUCACAGAGUGGAAUGGGCAACACUGCUCUUCUUUGCUGCAUUGUUUGUGCUCAUGGAGGCAUUGACAGAGCUUGGUUUGAUAGAGUGGAUAGGGGAUCAAGUGGUGGCCCUUAUAAAGACAGUUGAUGAGGAGUACAGACUGGCAGUGGCACUUAUUCUCAUCUUGUGGGUCUCAGCUAUAACGUCCAGCUUCAUUGACAACAUUCCCUUUACAACUGCUAUGAUUCCUGUUGUGAUUCAUAUUGAAGAAAGUAUUCAGCUUCCUAUAGAACCAAUGGUGUGGGCUCUAGCAUUUGGAGCUUGUCUUGGAGGCAAUGGGACCCUGAUUGGUGCUUCCUGCAAUGUUGUGUGUGCUGGCAUUGCAGAACAGCAUGGAUAUGGCUUCACUUUUGUAGAGUUCUUCAAGGUUGGUUUUCCUAUGAUGCUGGUGACUACCUUUUUUGCAAUGUGCUAUCUUCUUGUGUGUCAUAUAGCCAUUGGCUGGAAUGGCUAGUACAAAAUGACCACAAUCUUGACCGUUCGGCAAAACUAGUGGACCAUAGAUUGAUUCUCAUUGUCAAACUGGGGAUAUGGAAAAUGACGGGAGAUUUGAGUCAGUUGACUUGGGCCUAAUAGUAAGAAAACCACAUCUUUUUAAACUAUAAGAACAAAAUAGGAUUUAUACUGGAUGGUGCUCAGGUUUGUUAUUUUCUCUGUGAAAGACUUUCGUUGUGGAAAGUGUUGGAUCAUAGGUGCACUGUCCAGCAUACAUAUAUCGAAGGAAAAUCGCUAUCGACGAUGGAUCAAAAUGAAAGUACACAUUUCAAGACAUUUAAAAGGUACUGCAUAUGAAGAACAGUGUUUGAUAUGAAAGUUAAUAUAACAUGCUGGUUUUUUCAAGUUAAAGAAAUACUUGAAAUUGAGAACAAUUGAUAUUGUUGGUGAGGUUAAUGUUCAAGUACUUAGUGAUUCCAAGUUGCAUAUCAUAUUACAAGUCUUCUUGUAUUUAUUAGUACUAUUACAGUAAGAUUUUCUUGUAUUAUAUUGAAUAUUCAACUUUCAUAUAUCAUUAAAACAAACAUAUCAACAUGAAAGGAAAACAGUAGAAGUUCUCUAGAUAGAAGAUACUCCAUAUUUUACAGAUAGGAAGUUAUUGGACUCAAAAUAGCAGAGUGCAUGUUAUUAAAAAAUGUCACAAAUGCUUUAAGAACUGACCAAUAUGUGGACAAUAUUUUAUUUAAUAUGUGAUAUUAGACAAAAGAUUAGAUAAAGUAUGGUUUAGUAUUGCAGGGUGAGGGUGUUUAAUGAACUGACAUGGUUCUAGAUUUAUAUUUACCAUAAAUGAUGCUUUAAAUUUUGUGAUCUUCCACAUUAUAUAAAUAAUUAUUGCUUAUUUUCCAUCUUAUUGUAAUUAAAUUAUUGAUUUACAUAAUGAUGAUGUCAUCAGUGGGACAGGUGCUAUGAAGGCCACACAGGGACAGAUAUGUUGUAAACGUUACAUUCUUUACAAGAAAAAAAUACUGUUUGGUGUUAUGAGAGCUAUAGCUAAGAUACAUAAAAAUACAGUGCAAUGGACUUACGCAAUCAGAAGUAAAUUAUAUGUGAAGAGAUAUGCUUUCCAGUGAUAAUAUAAGUGACAGAGCACACUUGUUUUCAGGUAUAUGAAAUAUAAAUGUCAUAAUAACCAGCUACAUGUGACUUGAAAUUUUUGUUUCUCACUUAGAAUAUUUUUCCUGAUUGUUUUUCUUCCUUUAUCAUUUUUAGUAGGAAGAAUUUGUGGUCAUUUGCAAAAGGGAUUAUGAGCAUCUGGCAAGAGAUAUUAUUAUUAUUAUUAUUAUUAUUAUUAUAUGAGCUGUUUAUGGAAUUAAAUUAUCUUAGACAUCGAUUCUGUUCCUGAUCAGCAUAUUUAACUAAUAGAACUGAUAAGAGAUUUUUUUGUCAGUAGUAUGUAUUUAUAUAUUUACAUAUACUGCAGUAGCACAUGCUUGGACAAAUCAGGACAUUAACUGAAGAGAAUAUUGAAUGGAAAACUUAUUAUUUUUUCAAAUAUUUUUUUUCUUAAAUGUGAUGGUUAUACUAAAAGGACAAUUAAUUUUUAUAAAUCAUAUGAACAACCCUUGACUAUCAUUAUGUGAAUGCAUUUUAUAUCAAUGGUCAUAAGUCUGUCAUAUUUUGCAGUAUGAAUUGAUUUUUUUUCCUGGAAAUUAGAAGAACCUGUGAUACAAAGAUGAGCAUGAAUAGUAAUACAUUCCACUUAUAUAAUAUUUCUAUGAUUUAUUUAUUGAUUUAUUCAUUGAUAUUAUAUGAUUAUGAGUUUUGUUCCUUUUUUUCUUAAGUUUAUUACUAAAACUUGCUAUUUUCUACCCUUUGGCUGCAAAUUAAAAUCUGUUGACAGUUAAGAUUUUAUUUUACUUGUGUGUAUGGAUUCCAUAUCCUGUGUAGAAAAUGGAGAAGUAAAAUUAUGUUAAAUAUGCUGAAUUAAACAUGCUGAAUGUAAAGGCUGUAGUAUAUGGCAUUAUACAAUACCUUUGGAAGUGAAGAUGGUUAACAUAGCUGAUAUUGUUGUUGAUAUUUAUAUGAAAUGAAGUAAACAUUAUUUGCAAAGAUUAAUCGACUGUCUGUUAUUUUCAUUCUAAGUUGUACUGUACUUUCUGUGCGAAGUG